AUGCUGAAGAAUACCAGCCUCCAAUAUGGAAAUCAUACUUGUAUCAAUUGCAACAAGAGGCACCACGUCCCAAGAGAAUCGUCUGUCCUCGGGAGGUGGAGAACAGACCAAAGUAUUAUGGAAGAGAGUUUCAUGGGAUCAUUUCUCGGGAGCAAGCAGAUGAAAUACUUGCUGGCGUAGAAGGAGCAUAUAUUCUUAGAGAAAGCCAGCGGCAACCCGGCUGCUAUACUCUUGCUCUCAGAUUUGGUAAUCAGACCUUAAACUACAGAUUGUUCUAUGAUGGAAAGCACUUUGUUGGAGAGAAAAGAUUCGAAUCAAUCCAUGAUCUGGUUACAGAUGGCUUGAUUACAUUGUAUAUAGAAACAAAGGCUUCUGAGUAUAUUUCCAAAAUGACAACAAACCCCAUCUAUGAACACAUUGGAUAUGCCACUUUGCUUAGAGAAAAAGUGUCCCGGAGGCUGAGCAGAACAAAAAACGAAUCAAGAAAAGCGAGUGUAACGAGUGAAGAAAAUACCCCGGUUGAAAAGAAGGAAAUGGGAGAAGCGAAGUUCCCGGUGCUGAUGGAGAACCACUGGGGAGAAGUGAAUCGCAGGGAGCUCAGCACAGAUGCUGGGUGCUCUGAGCAUCCCGUCCUCACCAAGGAGGCUGGCGGCUACAACCUGUGUCGUGCAGAGCCUCUGGUGGGUGCUCCAGGUGUUGAUUCUCUGUCCCAGGGGGUCCCUGGGACAGAUAUUCCCCCUUGCCUCUGCCCUGCAGACUCCAUGCAGCUGUGGCGGCACAGAGGUGUGGGGCUUUAUAUCGCCAACACCCGGCUGAUUUGCAUCGUGCGGAUACAGGCAGCAAUGCGGAAGCCAGCGGCACAGUCAAGCUCUGGAUAA